AUGUCGGCAGCUCCAGGAGACGAAUACCAACCCACCGGCGAGGGUCUUGAAGGCAGCACCACUGCUGACACGAUGCAAAACGACUACAAGUCGCGCACUGGCCAGAGCCACAUCCCUGUGCAAAGUGAUGACGCUACAGUGGAGGAUCCCAUUGAUGCCAACAAGGCUGAUUCGGACGAGCAGCUGGCUCGUGACGACGCCGAUGCCAUUGACCAAAGCAACAUCAUCGACGAGCGCACACGUGGAGCGGCUAAACCGGGGGCAUAUCGUGAGCCGGGUGACGAGGAAGGACUUCCAGGACCAGAGGAUGGCACCAGCCAAAUCCGUGGUGGGCCAAACCCAUAG